GAGUGAAAAUCCUGUGUUUUGGUCGAAGUGUCGAACAAAUUUCACUUUAUUACUUUUCUAACCCUUUCGAGAAAGUAAAGUCAAGCAAAUGAGAGCUUAUCUAGCCUUGUCGUCUCCAGCCCUUUGUUCCUCACCACUCUCCGGUCCCUCCCGCGCCACCGUAAGAUACACGCCGUCUCUGCUGCAGCGCCGUCGUCCUUUCUUACUCGACAAAGGUACAACCACUUACGGCAGCAGCCUCCUCUCCAAGUUCAACACCUUUUCUGGUACGACCCUCACUGCUCCGUCUUCUUCGAUCAUGGCCGCUUCGCUCCAUCCUGAACAAUCUAGGGUUCCUCAAGCUAUCAAAUUGCCCAGUCCUCCGGUUACUAAGUUUAAGAUCGGCCUUUGCCAAUUGUCUGUGACUGAGGAUAAGGAAAGGAACAUUGUUCAUGCUAGAAGUGCCAUUGAAGAGGCUGCAGAGAAGGGAGCUAAGCUCAUACUUUUGCCUGAAAUAUGGAAUAGUCCAUAUUCAAACGAUAGCUUCCCAAUCUAUGCGGAGGACAUUGAUGCUGGCCCUAGUGCAUCGCCUUCAACAGCCAUGCUUUCUGAAGUUGCUCGUCUUCUAAAGGUCACAAUUAUAGGUGGUUCAAUACCAGAACGAAGUGGGGAUAAGCUGUUUAACACGUGCUGUGUCUUUGACUCUGAGGGAAAGUUGAAAGCAAAACACAGAAAGAUACACCUUUUUGAUAUUGAUAUUCCCGGCAAGAUAACUUUUAUAGAGUCUAAGACCCUCACAGCUGGGAAGACGCCUACAGUUGUCGAUACAGAGGUUGGACGAAUUGGUAUAGGCAUUUGUUAUGACAUUCGCUUUCAGGAGCUAGCUAUGCUAUAUGCAUCAAGAGGUGUUCACUUGAUCUGCUAUCCUGGUGCAUUUAACAUGACCACUGGACCCCUUCACUGGGAAUUACUACAGAGAGCAAGGGCUGCAGAUAAUCAGGUAUCUUAAAUUCAUUUUUACUUCAGAUCUUUUUACGUCUUCUAAUCCUGUCUGCCCAAACUUGAGAUUGUUAUUAGUGAUGGACUAAGUUAAAUUAGCUAAAGGGGGACUAAUUCACAAUGCUUCGCAACCAUAUAAGAAGUCUUAUGCUAUACACCCUUUAACUUUAUAACUUAUAAAGGACUUAAGCCUUGCCAUCCACAUCCAACGAGAAGUAGAUGAUCAUGGCUAAGAAAAAGAAGAAUGAGUUAAUGAUUAAUAUUUGAUAAUAAAAAAUCGGAUGUAUCCGUUGUCAAUGGAGAUAACAGAGUCAUUACUAACGAUGUUUUUCUUUGCGUAAAUAAUCAUCUAAAUAAAAAUGUCAUGUUAAUCUUCCUUUGUUUCUUUCUAUGAAGUUUUGGGUAGUAAACACAUUAAUGCAUCAAAAUUCAAAGGUCUAACAUAAAUAGGUCUUUAUCUCACAAGAGUAUGACUGUGUACACCUUGAUCCUUAUAUUCCAACGGAAUUGAGAUUAUAUUAGCUUUUGUUGUAAUAACAAAUUUGAGAAUGCCUU